GGCCCCCAUAAAGCAAGAUGACGAGUGGUUCGAAAUCAAAGUUCAUCUUUUAUAAUUUUUAUCUUUGUGGUUUAUUUUUCCAUCUGUUUACUUACGAUUUUGUUUUAUUAAACAAAAAGGCUGGACUAAACUCUACGGACGACUAUCUUUUUUGUUCCUAAUUUUUGUAUACAUGCAGUUUUUCAUGAGAAAUCGAUUGGUACUAGUCUCAACUUCGGCAAGCUCAUAGUUUGGGGGAUAUUAAUUUUUGAAAAUUGCAUGAAAAAGCAAUAUGGAAAAAAUACAGCAAAUUUUGAAACAACAAAAUAAUGUAGAAGAUAGUCCACUGAAAUGCGCUGUUUGUAAACAUUAUUUGUCAAUAUCGCCUAUUGUCCACAAUGAUAUUUUAGGUAGCAUUUGCGGACGAGACAGCUGUAAGAAGUUGGCAGUUUCGGAAGGAACAAAUUAUCGACAAAAAGCCUAUGAGGAAUUAGCAAAAGUUUUAGAAUUUCCAUGUAUGUACGAAGAAAAUGGAUGCAAGGAAGUACUUCCUUGGAAUGAAAUAGGAGAACAUGAAAUAAUUUGUGAAUUCCUCAAAUUUUGCUGUCCCUUUUCGACCGACCAUUUUGAAGAUGAAGAAAAAAUAUGUACAUGGGAAGGAAACACAACUGAAAUCUUAUGUCAUAUGGAAGAAGUUCACUCGCCACAUAGAUUCGAAAAUUAUGUACAGAUCAGUCUUGAGCAAGAUAUAAAGAAAAAUAAAUUAUUGUUUUCAAGAAUUCAAGAUAGUAUUGUGUUACUUUUGGUAAUUAUCGGUGCAGAAUCUGAGACUUAUUGGAAAGUAUGGACAGUUCCAGAAAUUUGGAAAAACUUAAAUUAUAAAAUUGAAAUUUCUUGAGAAAAAGGACAAAGCUUGACUGUAUCAAAAUUCCAAGAAGCUGGACUUUUACACCCUACUUUCUUCAAAAGUAAAAUUGACAACAGCUGGUUCAAAAUCAAUUUUGAUUGUAUAAGAAACUUUUUUGAUUCUCCUUACUUUUUGACAACAAAGUUUUAUGUGAAGGGAUUUUUAACUGGCUCACCGAAUCUUUCAUAUUAUGUAAGUUUUUGGCGAAAUGUAAAAUGUCAUAAAUGUGGAAAACAAGCAGAAAAUGAUAUUUUUAUUUGUAGAUGUGUUAGGAAACACAAAAUAUGUGAAAGAUGUAAGAAUUCACAACAUCUGAAUUAUAGACGUUCUUGUCCUAUGUGCUUGCCGACUAUUUGCAUUUUGGAUAGAAACUUCGUUUCAGAGAAUUUGAAAGCAUUUUUCAAUGAAUCAUAUGAAAAUUGCAUAUUGUGUGAAGUAAAAGUUCAAUGUCUAUCAUCCCAUUUGAGUAAUAGUCACAGGGAGUUCAUUUUCGAAGUUGGCGAAUGUCAAAAUUUCAGGUUGAACUAUUAUUUUUGCUCUUUUGAUGAUCAUAUCUUCCUUUUAUCAAAAAACAUCAACAUGAAUAGGGAUCUCACAUUUUCGGUACAAUGUUUAGGAACCCGAACUAUUAAAUAUAAUUACAAACUAAAGUUGAUGGGCACCAAAACUUCAUAUUCUUCAAUUACAUUUACUAACUUCUGCCAUCCUGAAUUAAUUGAUUUGAAAUAUUUUGCUGGGGGAAAUUUGAAUCCUUUCACACAGGAAACGUCAAUACCUUGGAACUUAUAUAACUCAAUUUUCCCUGAUGGUGAUGACAUUGAGUUCAAAUUGAAUAUCUUCAAAAUUUGAGUUUAAAUUGAUUUUUUUUUAUUUGGAAGUCUAGUUACAGUUGUGAUUAGUGCCUUAGAAGAUUUCAUGAAUUGAAUAAAUAUGCAGUACUGUUUAUGUUUUCAAAUGUUUAAUUAAAUAUGUGAUCAUUCGAGAAUAAAGUGAUUUCUUUCCUUUGUAUUUUAA